AUGCAGGGCCCUUUUGAAGAUAAGGAAGCUCUAGCUGACAUCUUUACUUAAAUAAAAGAUGUAGAUGAACAAAUAUUCGGUGUCAUAUUAGAAAUAUUUAGAAAGAGUAAAGUUUAAGACUGCAUUGGAUAUCUUUCACACACUGAGAAUCAUAGACAUUUAGAAUAAUCAAUCUAUCAACAACAAGAAUACUUAAAACAAGUCGAAGAGGAAUAGAAAAAGCAUGAUGUAAGAAAUAAAAUCAACCAAAUUAAAAAUGUCUUAAAAAAAUUAAAAGAUCAUGUCUUCAAUAACAAAGACUUUUCAACUGAAGAAAAUUAUGAAUCCACUCUAAAUCUAAUUAAAAGAACAAAGGAUGAGGGAUAGACCAUAAAAUUCCUGAAAUUUUUAGUUCACCUCACAGCAAUAGAUGACCAAUUCAUCUAAUGUGGAUCAAAUUCACUAUACUUAUUAGUUGAAAUGAAGGCAGAUUUGACAAAAAAGAAUUUUGAAAAUAUAAAGAUUAAAAACACCUAGUUGAUUGGAGCUAAUUUUGUAAGAUGUAAUUUGAAUGGAUCUCAUUUUGAAAAUGUCGAUAUAAGUGGAAUGAACUUAAAUGGUGCCUAAUUGUUUUAUUGUAAAUGGAAAAAUAUUAAAAUUAAUGAAUAAAAUUUUUUUGAUUGUCAGGAGGGAAGUGUCAAAUCUAUAUGUUUUUCUCCUGAUAGCAGUACGAUAGCAUUAUGUUGUAAGGACAAGUCUAUCCGUUUAUAGGAUAUAAAAACAGGAAAAGAAAAAUUUAAGUUUGAUAAUCAUAGUGAUUGUGUAUUUUCGGCAUGUUUCUCUCCUGAUGGCAAAACAUUAGCCUCUUGUAGUAAGGAUAAUUCAAUUUUGUUAUGGGAUCUUAAGGUUGGAUAACAAGUAUUGAAAUUUGAUGGUCAUAAUGAUUGGGUUUAUUCAAUUUGUUUCUCUCCUGAUGGCACAACAUUAGCCUCUUGUAGUAAGGAUAAGUCUAUCAUAUUAUGGGAUGUUAAGACAGGGUAAGAAAAAUUUCAACUAAAUGGACAUAGAAAUGAUGUAAAUUCUGUAUGUUUCUCUCCUGAUGGGACCACAUUAGCAUCCAGUAGUAGGGAUAAGUCUAUUCUUUAUGGGAUGUUAAAACAGGAUAAUAAAAAGCUAAGUUAGAUUAUCAUAGUGAUUAUGUUAGAUCAGUCUGUUUCUCUCCUGACAGUACUACAUUAGCGUCUUGUACUAAGGAUAAGUCUAUUAGAGUAUGGGAUGUUAAAACAAGAAGAGAAAAAUCUCAAUUAUUUAGGCACAGAAAAAAUAUAUCUUCAGUCAGCUUUUCUUCUGAUGCUAUUUUAAUAUCAUAUAGUUGUGAAGAUAAAUCUAUUCAUAUGUGGGAUGUAUAGACGGGUUAAUAGCAAUUUAAAAAAUUUGAUGGCCUUAACAAUGAUAUUUACUGUGUAUGCUUUUCUCCUGACGGAAGAAUAUUGGCCUCUAGUGGUAGGGAUAAUUCAAUUUGGCUUUGGGAUGUAAUAACAGGAUAAUAAAAAAUGAAAUUAGAAGGGCAUAGAGAUUGCAUACGUACAGUUUCAUUUUCUCCAAAUGGAGAUGAAAUAGCAUCAGGCAGUAAUGAUAACCUAAUCAUUUUAUGGGAUUCUAAAACAGGAUAACUAAUUAGGAAAUUAGAAGGUCACAAUGGAAUUGUCUUGUCAAUAUGCUUUUCUCCUUCAAGUUCUAUAUUAGCAUCUGGUAGUCGAGACAACUCAAUUUGUUUAUGGAAUACCUAGACAGGUUAAUAAUAAUCAUAACUAUACUGUAACGGCGGUUAUGUUCAAUCAUUAUGUUUUUCUCCUGAUGGUACUACAUUAGCAUCUGGUAGUUCAGAUGGCUUUUUAUGUGUAUGGACUGUGAAGACAGGAAAAGAAAUAUUUAAAAAAGAUUGUUAAAUUGGAAUUAUUUUUUCUAUAUAAUUUUCACCAGAUGGUACUACUUUAGGAUCUGGUAGCGAAGAUAACUCUGUUCACUUAUGGAAUUCGAAGACGGGUGAGCAUAAACUAAAAUUGCUUGGCCAUAGCAGUUAUGUUAGAACAGUUUCAUUUUCCUCUGAUGGUACUACCUUAGCAUCUGGUAGUGAUGAUUAUUCUAUCCGUUUAUGGAAUCUAAAAACAGGUUAAGAAAAAUCUAAAUUAGAUGGUCAUCAAGACUGCGUAUUAUCAGUAUGUUUCUCGCAUGAUGGAAAAAAACUUGCUUCUAGUGGAAUUGAUGUAUCUAUCCGUAUCUGGGAUGUAUAAGAAAAAUUCACCUUAGAUAGUCUGUAAGAUUGUUUAUGGGAUGUCAAAACAGGAUAAUAAAAAGCCAAAUUAGAUGGUCAUACUGGAAUUGUCUACUCAGUCUGUUUCUCUCCUGAUGGAAAUAAAUUAGCUUCUGGUAGUAAUGAUAAGUCUAUACGUCUAUGGGAUUUCAAAACAGGAUAAUAAAAAGCCAAAUUAGAUGGUCAUAGUGAUACUGUCGUAUCAGUCUGUUUCUCUCCUGAUGGAAAUACAUUAGCUUCUGGUAGUAUAGAUAAAUCUAUCCGUCUAUGGGAUGUCAAAACAGGAUAAUAAAAACUCAAAUUAGAUGGUCAUAGUGGAUAUGUCAACUCAGUUUGUUUCUCUCCUGAUGGAAAUACAUUAGCUUCUGGUAAUUAUGAUAAGUCUAUCCGUCUAUGGGAUGUCAAGACAGGAUAAGAAAUUUAAUCAUCGGAUAAUAGGUAUAAAGAGAUUUUGGAAAAUUGUAAGGAUUCUUUUUUAUAAAACAACCCUUUUACAUGUAUUUAUCGUUUUAUAAUAUUUAGUUACGACAAAUAUUACUAUUCUUCGGAUAUCCCAAACACCAUUAUUUUAAGUUUAUAGAGCUCUUGUCCUUAGAGGAGAGUUUAUUAAUUAGUAAGGUUUUGAUUUAAGACCAUUAUUAAAAUAAAAAGGAAGUUGCAUUUUGGAAAGCUCUAUGCAAAAAUGA